UUGGCGUCCCCACCGGCCAUAUUUCACCGCGCUCUCUCCCGGCCCCCGAGCGCUCUGGAGCGGCUGUGCGCGCAGAAACUUCAUGGGACGGACGUGGACCUGCCCCGGGUGGGAUUCAGCACUCUACCCCCACCCCCUCCAUCAGCUGCAGAGGAUCUGAACAGUCAGUUUACUUUUUCCAUCCCAGUUUGAGGACAUUCUUUCCCCUCUGGUUUGUUGUCUCUUUGGUGAUGCCUCCAGACUGGAGCCGCUCCGGGACGCACCAUAACCCGACAGGUGCUCCUCUGAUACACGAGCAGAGACUUUGUGUGAGCUGUUUGCGCGCAAAGAUGAAGGAAAACUGAUUAUUUGUGCCAGUUUAAAGUUCAGAUUUUUGCUUUUUUUGGACUGAUUAUCAGAAACCAGUGAUGGAUCGAUCAUUUUGGAAAAUGCAUCAGUUUGAUCUGAGGGGUUAGAAAGAACCACACGAUGCUGCUUCCAUUCUCGAGGUUACUGUGUUUGUGGCUCUCCAGCGAGGCCGUUGCGAGUCAGUUCCACUGGAAGAAAACAAAGACGACUUUCAGUCCUCAUUAUGAAUCCACCGCCGCUGACAGGAAUGCGCAGAGCCAGAGAUGGCGCACGGUCAUCGGGGAGGACAAUGGGGGGACGCGCGACGCAAAUGCGCACGCCUCGUGGCUGGAUACUGUAAACCCGUCAUUCCCUGAGUGGCUUGGACCCCAGAAACCCCAAACCGCUGUGCGUAAAAGCGAUGCGCAGAAUGGAGCGCGGCGCAUACCUGUACACGGAGACGAAGCUUUGCGCACGGGGGGGCCGCGGAGCGAUGGAUUCAGCCCGGGAGAAGUGCUCAAACAAACCCCGCAUGGACUCACCUGCAGCCUCGGAAGAACUGGACACAACCGGCGGAAGAGACGGAGCGCAAAACCCAGAAGGGCGAAGCGGAGCGAGCCGCUGCAGGACGGAGCCGCGGGCGCGUGGGAAGCUCUGCCCGUGGCCAUGGCACAGGAGCAAGAGGCCGGACCCCCCUUCGGACUCAACACCAGUGACUACGAGGAGGAGUACUCUCUGCCAGACUUUCCCGACACCACGCCGUUCGUGCCGGUGAACCCGCGGACCAGACGGAAGCAGGUGAAGAACCCGUUCUACCCGGUCACCGCAGAGUCCUACGGAGCCUACGCGGUCGUGAUCACCGCCGCCGUCAUCUUCAGCGCGGGGAUCAUCGGGAACGUGUCGGUCAUGUGCAUCGUGUGUCACAACUACUACAUGAGGAGCAUCUCCAACUCGCUGCUGGCCAACCUCGCGCUCUGGGAUUUCAUCAUCAUCUUCUUCUGCCUGCCGCUCGUGGUGUUCCACGAGCUCACCAAGAACUGGCUGCUGGGGGAGUUCUCGUGCAGGAUCAUCCCCUACCUGGAGGUGGCUUCUCUCGGGGUCACGACCUUCACACUGUGCGCUCUGUGCAUCGACCGUUUUCGUGCUGCCACCAACGUGCAGAUGUACUACGAGAUGAUCGAGAACUGGGCGUCCACCACGGCCAAGCUUGGCGUUAUCUGGGUGGGUGCCCUGCUGCUGGCGCUGCCCGAACUGCUGAUCCGGCAGCUGGUCACUGAGGACGGCGAUCCACCAGACGUGACGCCAUGCGAGCGUUGCGUAGUCCGGAUCUCCACUGACCUCCCAGACACGCUGUACGUCCUGGGACUCACAUACACUGGUGCACGCCACUGGUGGUACUUUGGCUGCUACUUCUGCUUGCCGACACUGUUCACCAUUUGCAGCUCACUGGUCACGGCCCGCAAGAUCCGCCACGCAGAGCGGGCCUGCAUCCGUGGCAGCAAGAAGCAGAUCCAGCUGGAGAGCCAGAUGAACUGCGCCGUGGUGGCGUUGGCCAUCCUCUACGGCUUCUGUAUCAUUCCAGAGAACAUCUGCAAGUUCAGGGAGAAACCGCUGGUAUCAUCUGCCACCUGUGUCAGCCAGCUGCUUUGCUCUUACCUGUAA